UAGGAAUAUCCGUACAGCCAGGGGUGCCAACAAGAACCUGCAUAGUACUGCCCAACAAGUAGACAAACAUGGAUGUAAGAUAGAUGAACCUGUCGGCAUAUGUAUGUCCUAGAUUGUGGCCAUAUAGGGCGGCGGCGGUGCCUAGGGUUGGAGAGCCCCCGAGUCGCCCAGGGCGAGGGCGACGCGAGGGAGAGAUUGCAGCAAAACAUGCUCUGUAGAGGCUUCGAGUAAUAGCUUUUUUCAUAGGGUCCUGAAUAAGGAACGUGAUUCCACAGUGGAAGAGGGCAGCUGCUGCUGGUAUCGGAGUUGGUGUCGAUGACCAAAAAGUAGGAACCGGCGUAGUUGAUGGCAGUCACAUAGUAUGUUUCCGUGUUGAUUUGAAUUGUAGCCUUGCUACUGGUGCAACCCAGCUCGUAUGCUUCAACACCACACUCAAGAGGAUCACCUCGCCGGCAGAAAGGAGGCAAUAUGUCUCGGAGAUGUCCACAGGAGAAAGGUGGGCACCCAUCCGCUGGUAGUGGUAAUAGAACAAUGAAUUGCACCGGGGUUCCUCAUGAAAGCUUCACAUAUGCACUAGGGACUUGAUAUCAUAGCUCUGUUAACUAAGGCAGGCAAGGGACUAGUUGACCAUAUCCGGCUGUAUACACCAAUUGAUAGUGUGAUUGGGUACUAACUAUGACUUCGUUGGCAUAGCUUAUAAUCGAUGCACCUUGGAACAAAAGAUGACUCAGGAUUGGAGUCUUCUGUAACAAUGACAGUAUACAAAAACUCCCACAUGGUCCAAAAUGUAUUUAAUGCUUAUGCAAGAGGGGACUGGCUGAAGCAACCGUCGCACCCAACCACCAACUGAUAGGACUGCUUACCUAUAGAUGACAAAGAAUAAAUACGUCCUCCUCUGACUAUCAGUGAAGCCCGACUCUGACUGCCUACAGAAGACACGAAAUAAGUGCAAAAUGCCAAUCGACGUGUAUUUAAUGUUCAUGUAACAGGGGAAUAGACUAAAGCAUGUCUGCAUCACAUUCAAAACACUAAACUAAGGCUGUCAGCAUUUGAAAGGUUCUCCUCUGACUGCUUACCUAUAGAAGACAAGGAAUAAGUGCUGCUGUUUUUCUUUUACUUUUUUACACUCGCCACAUCUUCUUCUUUCUCUUGCUCUCCAUCUUGGUUACAGUAGAAAGGAAGAUGAGUAAAUUACUUGUCAUAGCCCUCCUGCUGCUGCCUCUUAUCAACCACGGAAACGACUUGGCCGUAGCAUGGGAUGAUAAAGAUUUCUUCAGAUACUGCGCACCGUCCCAGUGCAGCCAACAUGGCCCAGAGAUCAGGUAUCCUUUCUGCCUUAAAUCCAGCAAUACGUCAUCAUCAUGUGGAUGUCGCGAAUCAUGGACGAAGUUAGCAUGUUCUGGUCAAGACACCAUCCUACUUCACCCAGUUCUUGGCCCAUACAGUGUCAGCGCCAUGAAUUACAGACGUUCUUCCAUGAAGAUCAUCCCGCUUGUAGACCCCUGCCAACUGCUCCAGCAGGAGCUCAUGAUCUCCGGAAGCUUAUCAUCUCAAAAAGUUGAUGUUGCCAACGAUGACCCGCUGGGUCCGAACCAAUUAUUUUCUUGGAGUUUAUCUGCAACCCUAGUGCACUGUUCAAGAGAGUUCCUACCUGGUGCUGCCGAUAGCAUUGCAGGCCCAGUCUCCUGCCUUAGCAACGCAACCCACUUCCUGUAUUUGGUAGCUGGCUAUGAAGAUAUGUCUCUUCUUCCGCUGGACUGCAAGGUCAUCCCAGUCUCAGAUGGCAGAAGCGUCCUGAUACAGAUACCAAAGUAUGACAACCGACAAUUGUACGAAGACUACAAACCACAGUUCUUCAAGGAAAGUGCUGAAAGAAUCCUCAGUUUCACUAAGAUGACGGUGUAUUGGAAUGAAUACAGUUGCAUUGAUUGUGAACUCCAUGGCGGACGCUGCGCAUUCAGCUCACAAAUGAGUCUAGCAUUCUGCAUGCCUGGUACACAUAUCAAAGUCAUUGCAGCUACAUCAUCAGUGGCUGUGUUUGUUGCUCUUUUGUUGGCGGUGGCCACUGUGCUUUAUCUUUCACUCAAGACAAGAUAUAAUGCGGAGAUACAUUUGAAGGUCGAAAUGUUUCUCAAGACAUAUGGAACAUCGAAACCCACAAGGUACACAUUCUCUGAAGUUAAGAAGAUGGCAAGGCGGUUCAAGGAAAAAGUAGGGCAGGGAGGAUUUGGAAGUGUAUACAAAGACGAGCUACCAAAUGGAGUGCCCGUGGCAGUCAAGAUGCUAGAGAACUCUACAGGAGAGGGAGAAGUAUUCAUCAAUGAAGUUGCAACCAUCGGACUAAUCUACCAUGCCAAUAUUGUCCGUCUACUAGGAUUUUGUUCCGAAGGAAUGAGACGGGCUCUUAUUUAUGAAUUCAUGCCUAAUGAAUCACUGGAGAAAUACAUAUUCUCUGACGACUCUAAUAUUUUUCAGCAUCUUCUAGUACCAAACAAACUGCUAGAUAUUGCUUUAGGCAUCGCCCGAGGAAUGGAGUACUUACAUCAAGGGUGCAACCAACGCAUCCUCCACUUUGACAUGAUGCCUCACAAUAUCCUGCUGGAUUACAACUUCAAUCCAAAGAUCUCAGACUUUGGCCUUGCCAAAUUGUGCACAAGAGACCAAAGCAUCGUCACCUUAACAGCAGCAAGAGUCACAAUGGGCUAUAUUGCACCAGAGCUAUAUUCUCGGAGCUUUGGGGGAGUAUCGUACAAGUCAGAUGUGUACAGUUUCGGAAUGCUGGUGAUAGAAAUGGUGAGCGGAAGGAGGAAUUCAGACCCAAGUAUUGAGAGCCAGAAUGAUGUUUACCUCCCAGAAUGGAUCUACGAGAAAGUAAUCAACGAUCAGGAGUUGGUGCUUACUUUGGAAACGACUCAAGAAGAGAAAGACAAUGUGAGGAAGCUGGCUAUGGUGGCACUGUGGUGUAUCGAGUGGAACCCAAGAAACCGUCUGUCGAUGACAAAGGUCGUUAACAUGUUAACAGGGAGGUUGCGGAAUCUGCAGAUGCCACCGAAGCCUUUUGUCUCAUCUGAAAAUGAACCCAUGCCAUAA